AUGGCUGGCGUGCUGCUCUUCCUGAUUUUUGGGCUCUGCUGGUGGCUCAGGAAAAGGAGCUGUGAGGUGGACAGCAGCAGCAAAGAGGAAGAGCAAGACAGUGAUGGAGGAGGUGCUGAUGGGAUGAGAGAUUUUGGCACGUAUUUCUCAGAGCGAACCAAGCACUCAUUGCAUGAACUGCACUGCCAGAGCGAGCUGGUGUUGGUGCUGGUGGACAAUCUUCUCCAUGUUUGCCGAAGAAAGUUGUCAAAGAGUUUCUUCCCAGUGCUGGAACCAGCCAUCGGGGUGGGCAGUGCCUUUGAAGGCUGGAGUCCCGAGGAAGAUGCCACUGUCUACCGCCUGCUUGUACCCCUGAGGCCCCCCCAUGCGCACAGCUUCCGCCUGGAGAUUGGCACUGUGGCACAGAUGCUGAGGAACAAGUCCCGCAUCCAUGUGGAGGUAGAGUGCACAUGCACGAGGGAGCAGACGGUGGGGGACAUGCAGUGCUUCAUUCAUGACACUGAGGAGAAGCUGAGGAUGAAUCAGAAGCCUACGCUCAUACACCACCUCUGCACCGGCUCCUACCUGGAUGUGAAGAAAACUGCCUGCUGGUUCCAGGACUUUGUGAGGUCAGCCUGGGUGCUGGUGCCUCAGUCAUGUCGCUACGAUAUGAAGGUGCUGCCCUCCAGCCACUCCUGCAAACUGCAGUUUACGGAUGACUGUGGGAGAAUCCUGAUGGCUGAGAUAAUGUUUGGUGUGCAGCUAGGCGCCUCAGACAUCUUCCUGAGCAGCCAGGAUACACAGGCUUUUGACACCCCAAGCACAUCAUGGACACUGAGCUACGCUGUGGCAGAGGCAAAGUUCUUCAGGUUGAUGGCCAGGCAGGCCCCACAUGACAGCUUCCACCUCAACAGCCUGCAACUCUGCACCCGCAUGCUGGUGGGCACAGGCUUUUCCAGCUAUACCUUCAAGACAGCAGUGAUGCACCUCCUGACCACCACACCUCUGGCAGGCUGGCACAGGAGGGAUUUCCACCUAUGGCUGGAUGACAUCAUGUGGUAUCUGCGCUGCUGCUUGGAGAAGAAAUGCCUCAAACACUUCUUCUUUGGUAAUGAGAAGCUGCCCGAGGAGAUCAUCUUGCCCCCAGCCUUGCAAAGAGCUGAGCCACUCAACCUCUUGCAGCACCUGGAGCAGGAUCCAACUGCCCACAAGCAGGCAAUGUGUGAGUUCAAGGAGCUGCGAUACCGGCUUACAACACAGCUCUUCUACGGGCACUGA